GAGUCGCAUCUUUUGUCUUGGUCCGUUGUCAGUCGAGCCUCAAGGCAGCCGUUCCGCCAGUGAUCGCCUGCUAAGAAGUUGUAGGUGUAGAGGAAGAAACGUCGGGUCCAAAUUUCAAGCAACAUGCGCGAGAUCGUUCAUAUUCAAGCCGGACAAUGCGGUAAUCAAAUCGGUUCGAAGUUCUGGGAGGUAAUAUCCGAUGAACACGGCAUUGACCCAUCUGGCCAGUAUGUGGGAGACUCUGAUCUUCAACUCGAAAGAAUCAACGUCUACUAUAAUGAGGCCGGAAGCAACAAAUAUGUUCCAAGAGCUGUCCUUGUUGACUUGGAGCCAGGAACCAUGGAUUCUGUCCGUUCUGGACCAUUCGGACAACUUUUCCGUCCAGACAAUUACGUAUUUGGUCAAAGCGGUGCUGGAAACAAUUGGGCCAAAGGACACUACACCGAGGGAGCAGAACUUGUAGACAAUGUUCUUGACGUUGUCAGAAAAGAAGCAGAAAGCACAGAUUGCCUUCAAGGAUUUCAACUUACUCACUCACUUGGAGGAGGUACUGGAUCUGGAAUGGGAACCCUUCUCAUUUCAAAAAUUCGCGAGGAAUAUCCUGACCGGAUAAUGAACACCUUCUCGGUAGUUCCAAGUCCAAAAGUAUCCGACACUGUAGUCGAACCCUACAAUGCCACCCUCUCUGUCCACCAGCUUGUCGAGAACACCGACUCGACGUUCUGCAUUGAUAAUGAGGCCUUGUAUGACAUCUGUUUCCGCACUCUGAAACUGACGACACCGACAUAUGGAGACCUUAACCAUCUGGUCAGUGCCACAAUGAGCGGCGUCACUACUUGCCUCCGCUUCCCUGGUCAACUCAAUGCGGAUCUACGAAAGUUGGCAGUGAACAUGGUUCCAUUCCCACGUCUUCACUUCUUCAUGCCAGGAUUCGCACCACUGACUAGCAGAAGCAAUCAGCAGUAUCGUGCCAUUACUGUCCCUGAGCUGACCCAACAAUGUUUCGACGCAAAGAACAUGAUGGCUGCAUGCGAUCCAAGACAUGGACGUUAUCUCACCGCUGCUGCCAUUUUCCGAGGAAGAAUGAGCAUGAAGGAGGUUGACGAGCAGAUGCUCAACAUCCAGAACAAGAACUCUUCCUACUUCGUGGACUGGAUUCCAAACAAUGUCAAGACCGCAGUUUGUGACAUUCCACCAAGAGGAUUAAAGAUGUCCGCAACAUUCAUCGGAAACUCCACCGCCAUUCAAGAGCUCUUUAAGAGAAUCUCAGAGCAGUUCACAGCUAUGUUCCGCCGCAAAGCUUUCCUUCAUUGGUACACUGGCGAGGGAAUGGACGAGAUGGAAUUCACUGAGGCGGAGAGCAACAUGAACGAUCUUGUUUCGGAAUACCAACAAUACCAGGAGGCAGCUGCUGAUGAAGAUGCCGCCGAAGCGUUCGACGGAGAGUAAAUCAUAUUUCCUAACCAAGUUUUAUUGAUCGAUUGUUAUAUCAUUUUAUUCAGCCUUUUUGCUUUGCUUUUUUUUUCAUGGGGAUUUCACAAUUGAUAAAUUUUGAUUAGCUAAA